AUGCCUCGUUCGGCAGCUUCCAUCUGGGCUGUACCAGGGUUGAAAGCAGGACGAGAUGCUCUUUACCGAGGUUUUGUUCUUCCUCACCUUAUUGCUGAUGGACCCAUGAAGAUGAUCCGUUUCCCUGAUAAUAUGCUCAAUACGACAUCUGUCUUAUCACAGCCGCCUGCCGCAACGGGACGUAGGUAUAGAGCAAAGAAGAAAUUCGACCUCGCUGGUUUGCCCAACGAGAUCCUCCUCAUUAUCUUUGACUAUCUGGAUGUCUUCGACUCCGCCACCCUGGCACUGACAUGCAAGCACUUGGCCGGUAUUGCUUCAACCUAUUCCAAACUUGACCUUCCUGAAGACAAGGCAUGCAAGUACCGCGCCCACAAGCCACACGAAGCAGCAGACUUCCUCAAGAAGAGAGUUGGGGACAGGUUCUUCUCCAAGCGUCUCCGAUACUGCUGGGGUUGCAAGAUCUACGUUCCUCGCAUGAAAAGCCACUGGAAACGCAAGCUUGGGAAGAAAUGCUGGGAAAGUCGUCCACGAGGUCGUGAUCGUAAUCGUGUGACAUUUGCGGAGUGGUGGGCUACUUCUCAGACACAACAGAUGCUGGCCCAGUGGGACAAAGGAAAGGCAUUGAAAUGCCCAAGGUGCAAAUACUGCCGGGAUGGAUUCUCACUCGUCUCUUGA